AUGAAUAAAUUAUUGGAGUUGAAGGCAGCGAAUGAGAGGUUGGAGAAUUAUGCUCGUAGUUUGGAGUAUCAUAUAAGUCAGUUGGUAGCUUUGCCUGGUGGUCGUCGUAGUUUGGGUUACAUGUUGGAGAGUCAGCGUGAGUUGGAGACAUCUUUAGAGGAGAAGAGUGAAGAGUUGCGUAGCGCGAUGGUAGAGUUGGAGGAGAGGAGUGGGGAGUUGAAGGAGAAGAGGGUGGAGAUUGAGGAGUUGAAGGAUGCUGGUGUAAGAGAGCAGAGGCGAGUGUAUGAGGAGUUAGAGGCAGCGAAGAAAGGUUAUCAAAAAAGUUACGAGUGUGAAAUGAACCGUCUUAGAGAAGAAUAUCGGCGUCGAUUGGAAGUUGAUAAGCAAGAAAUAAUGCGUGAGUUUGACCGAUUACGAUGUCAUUUGGAAUCGGAAUAUGAUAGUAGAAGAGUGCGAGAAAAGAAUGACAUAGAUCAGUUGAAAAAAAAAUUAGAUGGAGAAAGAGAAGAUUUGAGGCAAUUAAAAACUGAGUAUGAGACACGAAAGAAAGAAUUAGAGUCAACAACAAACCGUCGUAUUGAACAGAUUCAAUUACAAGCAGAAGAGUCUCGUCUUCAAGCGGAAGAGGAUCUUAUAAACAUGAAACUUGAUCAUCGAAAAGAAAUUGAUGAUGUUCGUGAUAAUUAUGAUAAGCUUAUAGCAAAGAUGAAUGAGACAUCUAAUUCAACAGUGGCACAAUUAACUUCUGAAAUUACUCUAUUAAAUAAACAGGGUAUGACACUAACAGAAAAUUUAAGUCGACAAGUUGAUAUAUUGAAUCAUGAGAAAGAACAUCUAAAUCAAGAGCUACAAUCACUUAAUGAGAAGCAUAAUAUCUUUAUUAAAACUUUAAAUCAAACUCAAGUUAAACAAUUACAAACACUUUAUGAAUUAUCAAGAACUAAAUCUGAAAUUGAAUAUUGGAAAACACAACAUGAGUAUGAAACUUCGAAUGUUAAACGACUUAACAACAACCUUCAAUCGAUUGAACAUAAGUAUGAAUCAUUGAGAUCAUCUACUCUACCAGAAUUGCAACAACAACUUGAAAAUAUAUCGGAAAUAAAUAAUGUAUUAAAACAUAAAAAUCUGGAAUUACAAAAAUACAAUGAACUUUAUAUCGCUACAUUAAAACCUGCCAUCACUAUUGCACUCUGUCAAAGAGCUGACACCAUCAACAAACCUAUCAAGAAACUCAUCGACAAUAUUACCACACCCAUUGGUCAACGACUCGUCCAUCACUCUCCAAAAUGA